UUUCGCUCCCUCUUUGAAUUUUCUGUUCUUAUUACAGAUAAAAGUACACAUUACAGUUGCAAAUUUUUAAGGAAGAUGCGUAUUGAAAAUGGUGCAGCGGCCGGACAGAGUAGGUUUCACAAGCGGGUAGAAGUAUUGAAAUGACGGAAAUGGAGCAAUCGAAUGGGAGGAAGAAAAGAAAAAGCAAUAGGGGAAGGAGGGAGUGAAAGAAGGGGGAGGAGGAAUAUGAGAACAUGAAAUAAGAAAGACAGGAAACGAAGAGGAGAAUAAUCUGUUAUAUGAGCACAAGUCCCCACCUCCUUUCUUGAUGGUCUUCCUUAGUUGAUGGGAACCAAACUACACCAUUAUUCCAGCCCGUGUCCCAAGAGGAUGUAGUGCCACCCCGACUCUCUGCGCGGUAAACCUACUGACGUCUUUGGAAGCCCAUCUAAACUGUUGUCGGGCGUUUUGUUUCCACAGUCAAUGACCAAAUGAUGACAAGUAGAGAUGCUGUGAUGAGGUCUGGUGUACCUUCAGAAGUUCAGGCUAACUGACAGCGAGGUUUUCCAAUAGGAUCUACGAGGACCUAGACUCGACAUUGACAACAGGAGUGUAGAGGAGUCCGGUUGGAGAGCCCGGUGUCCCGCCCGGCGCCAUGGCGCUGUGGGGCCGGCUACUGGCGCUGACAGUCUGUUGGGCGCACAGGAUUUUCCUGGCUCACGGCUGCGGAAAGAGCGAGCCCAUACAGUAUUCAGGCAAAAAGUAUGACUUGCUGGAGAGACUGAGAGUACCAGACCUGCCAUUUGGCAUCAAGCAGACAUGUGAUGAUGCUGACUGUCUGGCAUAUGACAUUGAACCCUAUGCAAUCUUGAGUGCGCCCACAGAAGAGGUUUUUCCAGAGGGGUUUCCUACAGAGUUCACUAUUUCAGCAAAGCUGCAGUACUACAAAAAGUCAUUUUCAAAUCUAUUUGCAAUAUUGGACCCUAUUGGGAGAUUACAACUGUCAAUCAAAUUAUCACCCAGGGAUAUAGAGCUAUAUACACCAAGUCAGGGAAUAUACAG